CGCCACUCAUCUGGAGCAGUACCCUUUGCCAAAGGUGGAUGACAUUUUUGCUGCGCUCUACGGGGGAGAAGUUUUCACUACACUGGACUUGCGGAAUGCUUAUAACCAGCUCCCGCUUGACGAAGAGGCUAAAAAGAUGACCAUCAUCAACACGCACCAGAGCUUAUACUCGUACAACCGAGUAGCCUUCGGCAUCUCGUCUGCUCCCGCACUGUUCCAGCGGCGCAGUGAGUCGUUAUUGCGGGGCUUACCAAGAGUAUGCGUAUACUUGGACGACAUCAUAAUCGCCGAGAAACAGCAUGACAUGUCGACGCUUCGACAAGUGUUGCAGAGACUGCGGGACAGUGGCCUCCAGCUGAACAAAGCCAAAUGCCGGUUCCGAGAGAAAGAAGUGCAGUUUCUGGGGCACAAGAUUGAUGCAAGCGGCCUUCACCCGCUGCGUGACAACCUCGAAGCCAUAACAGCUGCACCAAAACCACAUGUCCUUCCAUCUGAACAAAUGAUUGCUCUGACCCAGGAGGACGUUACACUUCGGCAAGUCCGGGAAUGGAUCGAGCGUGGCUUGCCAUCACAUCUUGCCAAGGAGCAGCAGCAUAUGCUUCCGUACUUCACCCGCCGACUCCAAUCGACGCCUCUCGAGAGUGGUAAAUCACCCGCCCAACUGCUCCUUGGAUUCCAGCCUUGGACAAGGCUGUCUGCCCACUUCCCAGAAGGCGAGGUACCUGCAGAGGCUGACGCGAUCCAGGAACACUUUCCGUCGGCCUAUACACAACCACUGUUCCCACCUGGAAAGCGCAACUGGUCCCGCCAAUUUCAGCGAGGGCGAAAAUGGCUACCAGGGACGGUGAUAGCGACAGAGGGGAAUCGCAUGGUAAGGCUGGAUACACCCCUGGGAAUACAGCGGCGUCAUGUGGAUCAGUUGCGGACACGGCUAGCAGAAGCGACAACGCAAAGGGAGAAUGCAACAACGCUCGGCCGCAGUCCAGCGGGAACACAGCUGGCCGAGGAGACUGGAGAAGCAAGGGCAACGGCACACUACAGUCCAGCGACUUCCCAGCCGGCCGCAGAGACUCGACAAACGAGUGCAUCGGAAGCGGGCCCAAUGCUACUCCGCCGCUCAACACGACCAAGACGCCCGCCGGAGCGAGUGGGCUUUUGA